UCCAAGCCUGAUUGACAACCUGCCAUUUUUGCCUUGUAGAAUGUUUGCGGAGUAGCACCAUUCAGGGCUGAACUGUGCCAGUGCCGUGUUGUUGAAGUGUCAAUAUAUGUGGCUAUUGCUACCGAAGGCGAGCUCCCCCCAAAAGGCCUUUCAUUCGGAGCAGACCUUAUUUAGCAAGAUAUCGACUGUCAUGUCUUGAAUUAGGCCAGCAACUGGAGACUAAUCCACUAUAGUUCUGCUCAAAGACAAUUUCGGCUAGUAACCGACAGUAAACCUAGUGAUCUGGCUGGGUACGAGCCUAACAGCAAGCUGAUACCUAUCUGUAUGGCGGUGUUUGCGCAUUGCCACCAAAGAUCAACUAUGUUGAUGGGCUGGAACUCGUUCGACUUCUUCUAUCGUUCCAAGGACUUUUUGUUUGUUCCACCUGACUAAAAAGAUGGCACCUCCAAAGACAGUAGCCCCAUCCAAGGUUGGUGCUCAGUCCAGUCGCAGAGGAAAACGGUCUUGGCGAAAGAAUAUCAACUUGCGAGUUGUAGAGGAAGGGCUCGAGAGCGUCAGAGCAGAAGAAAGGAUUACUGGCUCGACUGUAUCGACAAAGAACGACGACGAGCUUUUUCAGGUCGAUGUGAAGGGUGAGGAGCGAGUGCAUAAAUCACUUCUGUAUUCCAAAUCUCAGCUCACGUCUACUAAAAUACUAUCACAACGCUCUGCUGUUCCCGCCGUAUUUGCCCACUCAUCUAGUGCAAAAAGAAGUAAAUCUGGUUUUGCUUUGACCCCAGAAGAUAUAUCGCAGUUACUUCGGGUGGCUAAGCGUCCGCGAAAAGGCGCCUUUACCGCUGUCAUGGAUCCGAUAGGGUUUGUAGAUGGCAGUGCUAUGUCAGGUUUAAGCCAAGCUAAGAAGAGUAGCGGCGAAUAUGAUCUUUGGGUGGACGCAAAGGAACAAGGUUUCAAAUCAGAGCUUGAAAUCCCGCGAAAGGCAGGAAUUAAGUGCCCUGAACUUGCUCAUCCUCGUGAUAUGAUUGAACUCCCACCCGUUGUAGUUCCCCACCAGGGAACCUCAUAUAAUCCUCCGCUUGCUGAUCACGAAGAACUGGUUCAUCAAGCCUACGAGGCCGAACACCGUCGUGUUAGAGACUCAGAAAAAUAUCUGCAGACGAAACGUAAAAUUCAGAACGCAAGGGAUGACCCCAGCGAGGCGCAAGAAGGGGUACCACCAGGCAUGAAAUUAGAUGACAUAUCUCCUGCGGCCGGUGACGAUGAAGCCGAGAUCUUAGGAGACAUAGUAAUAAUGAAGAAAAUGCCAGCUAGAAAAACAAGACAGCAACAUCUUAAAAGGGUAAAAUUACAAGCUGAGCGUCGUGCACUGGCAGAAAUAGCCGCGAGAAAGCGCAUGAAUGACACGGUCGGCAGAGUGAAAUCCUUACGUUCUGAAGUAGACAGAACGAUGAAAGCUCGUGAGCAGGCUCAGUCGGCUCGUGACCUUUCUUAUAGGUCAAAGCUCAGGCAAGGUCUGAGUGGGCGCAAGCUAGGAAAACACAAAGUGGCAGAGGAUAAUGUGGAUGUUCAAGUGAGCGAGGAUCUGAGUGAAACUCUCAGAACGUUGAAGCCCGAGGGAAAUUUGUUCCGAGACCGGUUGCGCAGCCUGCAACAGAGAGCUCUUGUUGAGCCUCGUGUUCCUGUCAGACCUGCAAGGCGAAAGUACAAGCUUAAGGAGUACCAAAGGCAUGCAUGGAAAAGAUUUGAAUGACGGAACAAUAGACCCAUGUUCACCGUAGGGUACUAGGUGAUAUUCGCUAUAUACACACUACAAAAAUUGUAACAUGCCUUACUACAUUUGACUGAAAAUAGUCCAGAAAACAUCUACGCUGUCCCAGCGGAUAUCGUGCAGUGU